CAGGCUCCUAACUUAUCCCUGGCUAUAACGGAGCAGCAACGUGCGGGACCUUACUAGUCUACCUAAUACGCCGUCACACUGGAGCCCACUCUACACGCUCCCAGCGCCCACCCUACUCUCUGCUCCCUGUACGCGCCCUGGCUCCUCUUUUGUGCGCAGUAACCGGACAGCAGGACCCCGCGAGCUGUAGUGACCAGCAUCUUCACCACCAGAAUUCUUAUAUAGAGAAGCCAAUCUGGACUUGAGUCACGAGAUGCCAGGGCUUGCCAAUGUCAUUAUGGUAAUGCAGAGGAUACCAAGAUGCAGAUCCACUACACUGUAAACUGGGAUAUAUUGAAAUGAAAGCAGCCAGUGGUAUGUGAUACCAGGCUGAAGUAUUUUGAUGGCAAGCGAUCUGCAGUCUUUUGUGCCACCAUCUUGCAUAGAUAGUCAGGAAUGAAGUCAUGUCUGUCAAAACUCAGAAACCUUUGCAAGAUAUUUUCUCUCAUCUUUCCAGCUAUCACUAUUCUUUAUUUGAUUUACAUUGUGAUUCUAGUGAAGGUUAUUUUGCCCAUGCAGACUUCAAAUUUGGCGCUUCUGAACCCAACACCCUUGGAAGAGAAUGACUGUGAGGGAAAUGUGAUAAAUGAUACUAUUAUAAAACUUAACAACAGCCGGACAUACUUGAUUGCAGCCUACUUAGACCUACGUAUUGUGAGCCGCGUCCGCAUCCUUGGAAUUACUUACAGAUACGUGGAGGAACUAUUGUAUUGCAAUUUUUGUUUUUAUGAUACAAAUGACACAGUUUUGGUUGAAGUCGAUGUACAUACAGACCAUUUUAACUUCCCUUAUGGGACAACAGAUUUCCUCUGCCCAUUAAGAGAUAAAAGAAUCCCUGAGUAUGUUUCUAUACACCAAGAAGGCAAUGAUCUUCCCUCUGUGCCCAUCCUUUUAAAGAUACAAAAUAUCCAACCACAAAAAAACAACCCAUCUCUGCAAUUUGAAUAUGAUUUUCUUAUCUGUAUUUCCGCCUUAUUUGGUUCAUACGAUAAUGUUCUGCAGUUUAUUCAGGCAAUGGAAAUGUAUCAGCUAUUGGGAGCACAGAAAGUAAUUAUAUAUCACACAGACUCUAGUCCUGUAAUGAAGGAAGUUCUAUCAUAUUAUUUAAAUACGGAUUUUUUGGACUUAAUACCAUGGCCAAUUACUUCUUUUAUAAAUGUUUCAACUGGUUGGCAUUAUCCUGAGCACCCAGGAGAUUUACAUUAUUAUGGCCAAACUGCAGCCCUAAAUGACUGUCUUUAUCGCCAUAUGUACAAAAGCAAAUUCAUUGCUCUCCAUGAUAUUGAUGAGAUUAUUUUACCCACCAUUCAUAAAGAUUGGACUGAAAUGUUGGAUUACCUUGAAAACACCAGCCCAACAGCCAGAGCUUUUCUUUUUCAAAACCACGUCUUUCCAACAACAUUCAAAGAUAAAGCUAACUCUAUGACCCCAGAAACAUGGCUGUCUGUGCCUGGGCUCAAUAUACUGCAACAUGUCUACAGAGAGCCAAACUUACCCAAUGAACUUAACCCCACAAAGAUGAUAAUAAACCCCCGGAAUGUUAUAAGAACGUCCGUACAUGUGCCGUUAGAUUUGAUUGGCACCGAGUUCUGUGUGCCAGAGGACAUUGCAAAACUGUGCCAUUAUAGAGAACCUAAACAGAAAGGCCUGGAAAAGGAAUUCCUUAUAAAGGACACAAUAAUGUCAAGAUAUGAAAUUCAUUUAAUUAAAAGGGUAAACAAAGUGCUGAAACAAAUAAAGUCGCUAAAGACUGGACUUAAAGCUAAAAUAAAGUGACAAAAUCCAGUUUUGUAGGUUCUGUUGUUGUUGCACUAAAGUAAAUUAAUAAACUGCUUUCCUGGAUAA